UAUCUUAACAUUAAACAUUAUUUUCUUUUUGGGAAUAUUAUAUUUAUAGAUUCGGUUCUGUAUAUAUAUAUAUAUAAAGACAUAGCCCAUACUACUCUCAUAGAUCAAUAUCUACAACAUCUCUUUGAAUAUCAUAUUGAAGAGAUUGCAAAGAUGUCACCGUUUUCGACGCUCAUUGUUAUCCUCGUAUCUUCCAUCAUGAUUCACCACCUUCCAUUGGCAAGCUCCACACAAUGGUGCGUGGCCUCUCCGACGUCGAAAGAAAAGCAGCUAGAAGAAAAUCUCGGGUUUGCAUGCGCUAAUGGAGUUGAUUGCAGACCAAUCCUAGAAGGUGGAGCCUGUUACAACCCUAACACUCCAUUAGGCCAUGCGUCUUACGUGAUGAACGCAUAUUACGCAACCCAUGAACGCACCGACUACGCGUGCAAGUUCUUUUUCCCAAACAGUGCCAUGUUGACUACUACAAACCCUAGUUAUGGUAGUUGUGUCUAUGCAUAAGUAUUUUCAUUGGUUUUAGAUAUGUGAUCCACGGCAUACCUCAUAGCCUGAUAGGAUGUAUGGUUAUGGCAGAUCCAAUGUCGUUUUUCUUUUACCAAUUUUAUAAUUAUAAAAAUAAGUCCUUAUAA